AGAAAGAGUGUGCGGCGGUAUACUCCUGUUGUCUGUGACAAGCAGUUGGUCCUGGGAGCAGCUUAGGCUGGGGGUUUGUGAGGGGAGCAGGGCUUCUUCUCGGAGGGAGCGGAUCUGGGUUGUGUGAGAGGGCGGAAGAAGCUGUUGGAACUUCCUGUGCUGAACUGGCUGGGACCGGUGAGGCUGCAGUUUUGGAGUGAGGGGACUGGGUGGUUGGGAUUGUGGCCUGAGUGAAGGAUUCCUUAAGACACCGCGUGCUGGGACCGUUAAAGAAAUAAGAGAGGAAAAAUCCGGGCCACAACAGGUGGCGUGUUGGGAAAUUCUGGGACACAGUCAACAUAUCUGCCUGAAUCCACGGAUAGUGAAAAUCUUUCUCUAGGUGUGAAGAAAUAUGGAAAUGCUGUCCUACUCGGAUGUGGCCAUUGAUUUCUCUCCAGAAGAGUGGGAAUGCCUGGAGCCUGCUCAGUGGGAUCUGUACAGGGAUGUGAUGUUGGAGAAUUACAGCCACCUUGUGUUCCUGGGUCUUGCUGUCUCUAAGCCAUUCCUGGUGACAUUUCUGGAGCAAACACAAGGGCCUUGGGAUAUGAAGAGACAAGCAGCAGCCACUGUGCACACAGGAAUAAUACCCAAUGAUCCUAACCAUUACAGCAAUCCCACAAAUUGUAAAUCACUCCUUAUUGAACAACAAACCAUUCGUAUAGGGGAGAAACCCUACAAGUGUGUAGAAUGUGGUAAGGCCCUUAGUUCUUAUAAAACACUUUCUAUACACCAGAGACUUCAUACUGGAGACAAACCCUACAAGUGUGAAGAAUGUCAUAAGGCCUUUAGUACUCGCUCAUCACUUUUUAUACACAUGAAAAAUCAUACUGAUGAAAAGAACUACAAGUGUGAAGAAUGUGGCAAAUCAUUUUACUAUCCUUCAAUGCUGAAGCAACAUCAGAGAAGAAUUCAUUCUGAAGGGAAACCCUACAAGUGUGAAGAAUGUGGCGAAGUUUUUUAUGAACCUUCAUUCCUUAAGUGUCAUCAAAGGAGUCAUCGUGGGAAGAAAUGUUAUAAGUGUGAAGAAUGUGGAAAAUCCUUUAGCUUUCCUUCAUUUCUUAAGGAACAUCAAAGAAUUCAUAGUAGAAAAAAUGACCACCAGCAUAAAGAAUGGGUCAAAAGAUUUUCCUCACCUCUACACCUUCAGGAACAUAAACAAAUCUGUACUGGAAAGAAACCCUACAAGUGUGGAGAAUGUUAUAAAGCCUUUCCUUGUCACUCAGACCUUAGAAGACACCAGACAGUUCAUACUGGAGAGAAACCUUACAAGUGUAUAGUAUGUGGGAAAUGUUUUACCUCACCUUACACCCUUAAAACACAUCAACUAUUUCACUCUGAUAACAACCCCUACAAGUGUGAAGAGUGUGGCAGAUGUUUUUCCUCAUCUUCCUGCCUUAGAAAACAUCAAACAAUCCACUCUGAAGACAAACCCUACAAGUGUGAACAGUGUGGCAGAUGUUUCUCCUUAUCUUUAUACCUUAGGCGACAUCAAAUAUCGCAUUCUGAAGACAAUCCCUAUAAGUGUGAAGAAUGUGGCAAAAGGUUUUCAUGGUCUGAAAGUCUUCAGGAACAUCGAACCAUUCAUACUGGAGAGAAACCGUACAAGUGUGAAAAUUGUCACAAAGUCUUUCGUUAUCGCUCAUCCCUGAGGAGACAUAAGACAGUUCAUACUAGAGAAAAAUCCUACAAGUGUGAAAAGGGUCCUAAGUGUUUUUCCUCAUCCUCAUACCUUGUACAACAUCAAGCAAUUCACUCUGAAGACAAUUCACACCAGAAUGUGGGAUGUGGCAAUGCUAAUGUUAAUGGCCUUAUUGAAAACAUGACAGUUCACACUGGAGAGAAAUCUCUCAAAGGUCUUAUGUUGCAGGAUUUUCCCAGUCCAGUUCCAUUAGGGCAGCAGGAGGCCUGUGAUUGAACAGGGAAAAAGGAGGCAGAGCUAAAGUUGCAGAGACAACUUGCAUGAAAUUAUCUCAGGGGAGAAGGAGGAAGAUUUGCAUGGAGGCAGACUGGACCUGCUUGGCUUUAACCAGCUAUAAGUAGUUAUCAUAUCAUAGAGUUAGAAUAAUUGAGAUAAACCUUUUAUUGUUAUCAAUUGGUUCUGAAAUUAAUAUAUUGGCAUCUUGUAUACUGGUAAUUUAUUGAGACAUGAAUCUGAUUGGUUAAUUAUAAGCUUCUAGAGUCUUGUUCCUACUGGGUAAAUGGAUGUUGUUAUGGCUGACCACUGGGUGGAGGUGGGGGACUUGUUAGAGGGUUGCCAGUGUCAGGAGUGUUUGUUUGACCGUGGCCAGAGAGUUGGCAGGCAGAGAGCAACUCAAGCUCAGAGAGUUGGUGGUUUCGUUUUUUAGUAUUUCCUGAAACAGUCAUAAAAAGUUUAUACUUCAAGCCAGGCGGUGGUGGCACAUGCCUUUUAUCUUAGCGCUUGGGAGGCAGAGGCAGGCAGAUUUCUGAGUUCGAGACCAGCCUGGUCUACAAAGUGAGCUCCAGGACAGCCAGGGUUAUACAGAGACCCUGCCUCAAAAAUAAAAAAAAAUGUUUAUACUUCUUCAGCCCUUAAAAGACAUGAAGUAAUUCAUACUGAAUGAAACUCUGUGACUGUGUGGAGUGAGGUAAAAACUGUUCCUAAUCCUUCAAACCUUAUCCAACUCAAAUCAAUUUGUAGGGUAGACUAUUAAGUGAAUUAGUUUGGAAUGUCAACA